UGCGCGACUAACUUCUUUCUUCUGUGCCUUCGAUUGCAAUGGCGAUAGUGGUGAUCGAGAUCUCCUCUACCGAUGAAGACGAAGAAGAGUGCAAGAAGGAAGAGAUGCAGGCAAAGAAGAUGGCCACGACGGUGGGUAGGAGGAAAAGGAGGGAAUAUGUGAAGGUGGAGAAAGUGGAGGCACCGGUGGAUGACGAGGACGAAGAUGACGACGACUGCUUCAUCCUUCCCUACAACCCUUUCUUGGACGACCAACUGGACCUCAAACGUAGGCUCUACCUCGAUGAUCCCCCACUGUCCGACGACGUCACCGUGGUCGCAGAACGAGGCCAAGUUGCUUGUAGAGAUUAUCCCCACUCAAGACACUUGUGUGCAAAAUACCCCUUUAGCAAGACAGCUCAUCCCAUCCACUGCCACAAGUGUUAUUGCUAUGUAUGCGAUGAACCUGCUCCCUGUAGGGUUUGGGAUAAGCAUUGCCAUGCAUACGACAAGAGUUGUUAUUGGAAGACUACAAGGGAAGAAAAGCGAUCAACUCAGGAUUCCUGAGUUUGUGGAAGUUUGUAGGUACUACUUACUACACAGAACGGAUAAACUUCUAAAUAGGAUAUUUGAUGUAAUGUUUAUAUAUGUUCGUGUCUUUUGGUAUGUUCAUACUUUACCUAGCAUGUAGAGGGACAGCCGA